ACAGACGCUGGGACCAGACCAGAAUCAGCCUGAGGACGGGAUGGACGUAACCCUGAGACCUUCUACGUGUAGCAAAGAGCAAAACUUCUGAUGUGGAAACCGGCAAUGCACUCACUGUUGUGACGUUUUCAACACCAACAACAAAAAAAGCGAGACAAACGAGAAUUUCAGCCGGGGGACAUAAAACUUCAAACUUUCUUCCGAAAGUUUGGAAACUUUUGGAAGUUAUCCGAAUUUGUGUACUAAAAGAGUGUCAAAAAAUGACGGAGGAAGAGAAAAUUGAACAUAUUCCCGAAGAGUCUGAAGGCAAUGGGAUUCCAAACGGAGGAAACUCUGCAAAAACUAAGGAGGAUUUCGACCUUGCUACCAUUUAUGUGUCAGAUGCCCAGUACAACAGAAAUGUUUUCUUUGACACAACCCCUCAGGCUGUGAGACUGUAUAUUCUUUAUAAUCACUGGUCGCUAAAGGUGGCCGUCUACUUCUUCAUCUUGGUCAACCUGUGUCUUGCCAUCUUUGAGGAACCAGCUGUGUUCCCAUUACCUAUUUGGGCCACCAUGCUGGUUGAGCUGCUCUGUCUGCUGGUUUUCACUUGUCGCCUUGUUCACUACGCCAAGGUGAUUCCUCAAGACAAAUUCUGGAAGGACCUGAAAAAUAUCUGCAUCAUCGUUAUUCUCUUGCUCACUCUGAUUGAUAUGAUCAUCUAUGGAGCACUAAAUGCUGCAAACUGUUACAGUGUCCGUUGGUCAAGAGUGUUGCGCCCACUACUUUUGGUCAACAUCACAGAAGGACGGCAGCUCCGCAGAGCGUUCAGAAGCAUCCGGAAUGCUUUGCCUCAGAUCUGCUAUGUCUUCCUGCUGUUCAUGUUCAGUGUUCUUAUCUUCUCCCUCAUGGCCCUCAAACUCCUUGGCAAACGAGGUCUGACAACCACAAAUGGAGGUCCAUACUUUACCAGUUACCUGGACAUUGUCUUUGACCUGUAUGUGCUCGUCACCACAGCCAACAGCCCUGAUGUCAUGAUGCCUGCAUACAACGCCAGCUUUCUUUUCAGCAUAUUCUUCAUCUUGUACAUCCUCAUCAACACGUACAUUUUCAUGUCUGUCUUCUUGGCUGUCGUGUACAACAAUUACAAGAAAUAUUUGAAGCAGGAAGUACAGCAGCUGGUGAGGGCCAAACGACACAAGAUGGCGAGAGCAUUUGCCAUUCUGCAGGAGCACAAAGAAGAGGGUGGUCAGCCCGUUGUGACACAGCCCAACUGGAAUAAGCUUGUUCAACAGGUCCGGCCUAACAUGAAUAACGCUCACCGAGAGCUUCUAUGGAGCGUCUCAGAUAACAAGAAUCAAGGCUUCAUCGGUAAGGUGGCAUUCACCCAGCUGGCAGACCUCCUGAACAUAGAAGUUAUCACCCUAAAGUCAAGGCCACAUCCUUUUCAAAGUUUAUUCCCCACACUCUACCAGUCAGCUCCCAGCCGUCUCCUCUUCAGAAUCGUCAGACACCGGGGUUUUGUGAUCGCUUAUGACAUAAUCAUCCUAGUGAAUGCCGUGUUUAUUGGUCUGGAUGAGGACAAUCCGAUGAUCUCUAACUCGGAAUGGGCUUUUCUGGCUCUUUAUCUGCUGGAGAUCAUGUUGAAACUCUAUGUGUUUGAACCCAGAGCUUUCUUCUCCAAACAUAACUUCUGGAACUGGUUUGACACCAUCAUUGUCGUCUCUGCUCUGGCUGCCACUGUCAUCAAUUCCUCCUUGAAGUCAAUGGAAGAAUACACAAGUCGACAAAUCCUGGACAUCGUCUUCAUCCUUCGAGUCCUCAGACUUAUCCGAGUGGUGGACAGUAUUGAAAGAUUUCGUACAAUUUUCAACACUUUGAUCAGGAUUGGACCAGCCAUCCUCACAUUUGGGCAGCUCAUCAUUGUUGUAUACUACAUCUUUGCCAUGGUGGGAAUGGAACUAUUUAAAGAUAAAGUGAAAUUUUAUGAGGACACUACCAACCCGGCUAAGGCCUACUGUGGAAACCCACUGCUGAAAGGAACAGCCUUUGCACAGUUCAACUACUGUAAGAACAACUUCAACAAUGUGGUGUCUUCCUUUAUACUACUGGUGGAGCUCACUGUAGUCAACCAGUGGCAUGUGCUCAGCAGCGGCUUUGCCACCGUGACCCAUGUAUCAGCCAGGAUCUAUUUUGUCGUCUUCCACAUUGUUGUUGUCAUCAUCAUUAUUAAUAUUUUUGUGGCGUUUGUCCUUGAAGCAUUCCUUGUGGAAUACUCUGUGGAUAAGAGUGGCCUGCAGUCAUCUCUGGAAAAGAAGAUUGAGGAACUGGAGCUAGCUGUGGAACAGGAGAAGUUGGAGGACAACUUGGUGAAUGCCAUGGAAACAAUUGAUAAUGACUUGGGAACCGGACAGUCAGCUAAAACUAAUACACCGGCCCUAAUGUUUAAAAUUGCAUCAAAACGAUAUAGGACAGUGGAUGCAUUGUUGCAGCGAAUGUUUGAGGCCGAUAUCGACCCUGAAGACUUUUCUGAGGAAGAUGACACUGGGAAUUUUGCAAACCCAACAUUCCUUUCUGCAUAGACAUUAAUCUACAAAUAUAUAUGGACAGAAAUAGACUAUAUAACUCAUGUAUACAUUUACAAAUCAUGAUCUGUAAUUUCCAGUGUUAUGUUUUUUUUUAUUUCUGUCCAUCUCUACUCCAUGUAGAGACACAAAAAGUUAACAUACAGUUAUAUUUACACUGUUGGUAUCAUGUUAGUGGAAGGAUUUAAAAGCUCAGCUGAAACUUGUUUGUGGAAGUAUAUUUUAUAACUUUAUAAGCUCUGUCAUUAAAAUGUUUCUGUAUAUUUGUACAAUGCUUUAAUAGUGCAUUUGAAAAGGGCAUGAUUAGAAAGUAUACAUUUGAACAAUGGGAUAAUAGGUAUUUUGAAAUACAAAAAAGAGUUAAGAAUUGAACAAGUACAGAUUUCAUAUCCAGAUUUAUGAAGUAUUUUGAAAAUAUAUAUAUCAGUCAUCCGAAUUAUGCCAUUUUCAAGAGGCUCAAUAAAGGCAGUUUGACUACACUUUCUAAA